GGUCGAUACAGUAUAUAUACACCUCGCGGUAGGCGUUUUCAUUUAUCAGUUGACAGUGUGCGUUAUAUCGACCUUCGUACAUUAUAUCUGUAUAUUGGAAAAACUUGCAAUAUGCCGAAAAGAAAAGCCUCCUUUGCAUUUCCAUACGAACGCCCAAGUAAGAUUACAAAGAGGACAAGCAGCACAACUGUGUCCAGGACAUUAAGCAGUAUCUCAAAGAUGCCGUCUGUAGUUAAACCACCACUUAGAAUGCCCAAAUUUCCAUCUCUUCGAGCAAGCAAGCCUGGAGAGGGUAUUGAGGUGUCAGCAUCAGCUCCUUUACCAACUGCUGGCGGAUCUCCAACACCACCAGCUCUACGACGUGCCUCAACACUGACUCUAGAAGAUGAUGACAAAGUUGACUCUACUAAAGCUUCAUUAACUAAAAGAAAGCCGUCUGCUUCUAAACCAUCAUCACUAUCUAAGAAAUCUAGCAGUUUUGUUGAGGAGGAAGCACUUGUAACAAAAUUAUCAGGACUUAAAUCAGGGUCUAUCGUUGGAGAAACAUCUUUAGCGUCAACGUCAUCAUUAACAAAAUCUCCAAGCAAGUCUAAAUCAUUGUCAAGGAAAUCAUCCAGCAUAACUGGGAGUUCAUCUGGAGUGCCGUCGUUACCUAGUGGUUUGACUAAACUUGCAUUACCAAAAGGAAACACCAAGAAUGGAAGUCUUCGUAUUUCAAAGUCGACCCUUGUUGACGAUAUUGACGAGAUAGAGAUGAUCUCAGCUCUUGAUAGUUUGAAGUCCACACUUUCUAAAGAGGGAUCAAAGAAACGUUCAAUGUCAAAGUCUGCAUCUGUUAGAUCAUCAAGACCAAGUUCUCCCGUAAAGAAAGCUUCAGUUAACAAUGAUGAAGAACCUAUGGACCUAUCGACAGCAUCUUCGUCUAGUGUUCAAGGGCCAGCAGCCGGGCCACCUUCGGAUGGAUUAAUGGAAGUUGCAAUAUCAUUUGAUACCACUGGAUCCAUGUAUGGUUGUCUUGAGGAAGUCAAAGCUAAAGUGCAAGAUCUUGUUCAACGUUUACAGACAGACAUUCCUGGAAUUCGUGUUGCCAUCAUCGCACACGGUGAUUACUGCGAUGAAUCUAACUACAUUAUAAAAUGGAUAGACUUUGGCGCCAGUUUACCAGAAAUUUGCGACUUUGUUAAGAAUGUUGGUCGCACCGGCGGAGGAGACGGCCCAGAAUGUUAUGAACUUGUUCUGCAAAGGUCACGUGAGGUUUUGUCAUGGACAGAGGGUAGCAAACGCAUUCUCGUCAUGAUUAGUGAUAACAUUCCUCAUGAGCCUGGAUAUACUUAUGGCGGGAAAACCUACUACAUCAAUUGGAGGUUCGAGUGUGCAGCCUUGAAGCAAAUGGGCGUGAAGAUUUAUGGUGUGCAAGCAGGGGGAAGCGCUUCUGCCACAUCAUUUAAUGAAGAGAUGGCAAAACUAACUGGAGGAAAUCGCUUAAGUUUAAAGAAUUUUGGCUGCAUAUUUGAUGUUCUGAUGAUGAUCUGUUACCGUGAGGGAAAUCCGGCAAUGCUUGCGGUUUAUGAACAGGAAAUAAUUGACCGAGGAGAAAGAAUGGCAGCGGACAUUACGUCAUUGAAGAAGACUUUUGGCACACCUGUAACAGGUCUCAUGCCCUCACCUUUUAUAGCGCCAGCAAUGCCACCAUGGUUUGGUAAGGUAGCUAAAGGUAAACAACCGAAAGUGGGCACUUUAGGCACAACGUUAACAGGUCACACGCCCCCACCCUUUAUAGCGUCAACCCAAGGACUGAUACCAUGGUUUGGUAAGGUAGCUAAUAGUAAACUACCGAAAGGGAGCAAGGUCAUAGCUGAGAAAAAGACAAAGAAACAGACGAAAAAGUCAUCUAAAUCAGUCACAAUUCAGAAGAGAGAAAAGCUACUAGAUACCUGCAUGACUAAGGGUGCUUUGAAACCCAUAACUUGGUCCAAGUGGAUUAAUGGUGUAGAACCCAAGAUGCCAACAAACAAGCAGAAAUCGAACUUUAUUAAGCUCUCAACAAAUCAAGGAUAUGGAUUGAAAUUAAUAUUUGAUAAUGAUUUUAAGAAACCAGCCAUUUAUGAAGUCGCUGUACAGCUACCAGGGUCUCGCAAAAAAUAUGUUGUUUAUUUCCGGAUGACAAAAAGGGGGUUCGCUAGGAGUGGUCAUUGGUCGACGAAUUUGUUGCGACAUAACAAAGUUAGACAAGAGGUCAACAAUGUCUUGAACCAAGGAUGUUCCAUUUACAUUAGGCGAGGGGUUCCAAAAGCAAAAAAGGUUGACAAGUUUGUAAGCCAAAUGAAGGCAGCAAAUGAUUAUAUAAGAGAUAACUUUGAUUAUGCAUGGAAAAAAUACAUAUGGCGACGAAGUGAUGGCGGGUUGUCAAAAUUUGGACUAAAACACCGACAUGUGAAAUCGACACGGAAAGGAAAAGUUUUUAUCCUUUCUGAUAGCAGUAUUUAAAUGUUUAACCUACAUGUUUAAAUAUGUAAAACAAUAUCAUUACUCUUACUUUGUAAAUGCUUAUUUUUGACAAACCGUCUGUGAUAAUCCAUUAUUGUUACAAUGCAUUUUGAUAAUCCAUUAUUGUUACAAUCCAUUUGCUUAUUUAUUUUAGAUAAACCACAACGUACUUGACUAACUACAGAA